AUGUCGGCGUACAAGAAAUUCGAGGUACGGCGGCGCCUCCCUGCGCGGAAGUCCGCCGCUCUAUUGGUGAUCGACGUCCAGAACUACUUCCAGUCCAUUGCCCGUCCCAUCCUGCCGGAGCUCAACGCCACGAUCGACCUAUGUCGGCGCGCUUCCGUGCCCGUAUUCCUCACGCGCCACUGUCACAAACCCCCCGGCGAUGAUUCCAUGCUCUACGAGUGGUGGAACGGUGACCUUAUCUUCGACGGUACUCCUGAGUCUCAGCUCAUCUCUGAUCUGCACUUGACCGAUGCCGACCCGAUCGUACUGAAGGACACCUACAGUGCUUUCAGAGGCACAGGCUUAGAAGAGAGGCUGAAAGAGAUGGGAGUGAAGGAGGUAAUAGUGACCGGUGUUGUGACGAAUUUGUGCUGCGAGACGACUGCUAGAGAUGCAUUCAUAAGAGGAUUCCGAGUGUUCUUCUCAACCGAUGCAACGGCCGCAUGGUCGCAGGUAUUGCACGACGCCACCCUGAAGAACAUGGCUUAUGGUUUUGCUUAUCUGGUCGACUGCAAAAGGAUUGAAGAAGGAUUUUCCGGACCUUAAAUUAGUGCGUCCAUGUCCAUAUACAGUGUAACCUUCGUCUCGUUUAUGGCAAGGUGCUAUCUCCGUCUCAUCAAUUUCAUUAAUCAAGUUUUAUCUCUAAAUAAAUAAAUAUGCUGUUAUAGUAAUUUUACUUCAA